AUGAUAUCUCCGUCACCCGAUACGAUUCCCAUUAUCGACUUCUCACGGUAUUCUACCGAUCUACCUUCCCUUGCGCGGGAGAUCAAGCAGGUCUCCGCGACAUGGGGCUUUCUCUACCUCAGAAACCACGGCUUACCGCAAUCAAACAUUGAUCGCAUGUUUGACAUUAGUGCGACCUUCUUCAAGACCACCCCUCGCGAGGAAAAAUCCUCGACGCCGUGGAGCAGCAUUGUCAAUGCCGGGUACGACGCGAAGACCGGCACGGAAGGAUAUUUCAACGAGCACGGUGCGAAAGAGCGUGUUUCGGCCGUGGAUGAGAAGGAAGUCUUCGUGAUACGGAAGCAGGCGUCUUAUGACCAGCCAAUGCCACCAUCCCUGAAGAAAUUUAACCCUGAGAUCCAAGCAUUUAUGGGAGAGGUGCAUGAGAAGAUUGCCGUCCCGUUGCUCUCCUGCCUCGGGGUCGGUUUAGGACUGUCGGCUGACCGCCUUCCGCAGAUCCAUCAACAUGAAAGCCCAUCCAUGACCACUCUCCGGCUCAUCCACUACCCUGCGCUUCCACCCAGUGACACGGCCAAAGUUCGUUUGGGGUCUCAUACAGAUCAAGGGGUGAUUACAAUUCUCUUCCAGAACCUCGUCGGUGGUCUCCAGAUACGACCGCCGAAAUAUACGGGUCCUAUUAAGGAUGACGAGAUAUGGCUCGACGCCCCGGUCAUUGCAGGGGCUGUGCUCAUCAACAUCGGCGAGACAAUGACGUUCUUUUCAGGUGGACUUAUGAAAUCCACGCUCCACCGUGUCACGCGGUCCCCGCUGCCGGAGGACCAGGGUAAAGAGAGGUUCUCCAUGGCGUAUUUCUGCCAUCCGAACAUCGAUACACUGCUCGAGGUGCUGCAGGGGAUUCAAGGGGAGGACGGGAAGGAAAUACAAAGAAAGGAGCCGCCGAUAAGCUGUGUCACGGGUCAGAGGGUCCGGACGGUCAAAGAGUGGAUUGAACACAGACAUUCAAUGGGCCGCUUGGAGAAGGUGAAAUGA